AUGCCCGCGCGGAAAAGUGCGGAUGAAAUUCCUGCAGAAAAGUCGAGUGAGUUGAAGCAUCUGCAGGACAGUUUGACACGAUUUUUCACCCCUACUAAUCGGAGACGCUCUCGAGUUGCACAGUCAUCAUUCUCGUUGGAAAGUUUUGAACCUGGCGCUUCAUCACGGACCACGUGGAAAAGUAUCGAUUCCAAAAAGGAUUCGAGUAAGGAGAGAACUCGACGAAGCCCAAGAUCAAUAAGAAAGAUUUCAGCAAAAGACAUCAAAAAGAAUGUUAUUUCUGGAGACAUUAACAAAACAGGAGGAAACAGAAUUCACCACUUUUCUGCUAUCUCUAUUGAUACGAAGCAUGGUGAUUUGCAAUCUACUCCUCCUCAACCUUUUACAAGUUCAUCGUUAAAGUCGGGGCAAUCAACACCAUCACCACAUCGUCGUACGGAUGCAUUGUUUGAUGCGCUCUCUCCAUAUUUUAGCGCGGCUUCCGAGAAAAGGCGGACUUUUUCAAAAGGACAGUAUGUUCAUCUUUCUGGUGGCCGUACAAGAACAAAAAGUGGAGAGAGCAGUGUGAUUCAUGAAGAGGGUGCGUUUUCUCCAAGUUGUGUACAGCAACCACACACCAGUGCAGCUGCAACAUCGAGCGAAUCGCAAGAUGAACUUCCUGGUACUGAACAACGACGGAAUAUUAUACGUCCAGCAAGGAAGAGGCGUCAUUUGACACAUGUAAGUGAACCAGCAACAUCAUAUCAAAAUGUCCCAUCGUCUAUGUGUGCUCGAAUAAAUGAAAACGCAGAAGAACGUCAUUCAGUUCGAAAUACAUCUUUAUUUCCGAUCGAGUGUUCCUCGCGGAGUUCUGGACUGCGACAUUUACCACUGCAGUCAUCAUCCAGUUUGAAAAGUUUGGUUCCUAAAGGACUUGUAUCACAACGGAGAUUGCGGACUGCUUCGAUCAUUCGAAAGGCCAAGUCGCAUAAAACACGCUUGAAACUGCGCCAGUCAUUAUCUCCUCGUAUAGUGACAAGGAAACGUGUGGUAUCACUUCGUCAGCCUCAUUUGGACGAAUUAAACAUGUCAGGAAGAACGGUUUCAUUGGCGGAACCAGUGACUAUAACUAGUGAAGACCGAGAAUUAUACAACGCUGCUCGCAAUUUGGCUGGAUUGGGCUACCUACGCAAAGGUUCUAGGGCGAUUUACCCGAUUUACUGCAAGAUUGGACAGGACUGUAAUCGUGGUCUAUCGUUUACAAACUAUACACUUCAAAACUCGUUCAAUUUCGGUUUUAUCUUUAGGUCGCAGUUAAGUGUUGCUGACAGUAAAAAGGGUGAAAACAUUACUUCAAAGGAACUUUUUGAAACGAUAAUGCUUCAGGGAAAUGAAUCGUACCUUCUUGAUCCGUGUAUGGGUGAACUUCUUCCAUUAUAUCUGAAUGUAAGUGAUCUCGGAUUGUUUUGUCAUGUUGGUGAAGUAGCUUUUCAUCCGCCUGUGCCAGCAGACUUGGUAUCCCUAUUUUGUUUGGAGAUGCUUGUCAUAAAAUGUUCUAACGCCUUCUCAUCAUUCGCGGCAUUAGGGGGAAAAUCUGCCUUGGCUGCAAUUAAACAACCUCGUUCAAAUGGUCAAAGGGCAUUCACAGAUUUGAAAGAAAUUGCAAUUCGGAAACCAAGGAGACCCUGUGCCUUUUAUAAUGAGCAACAUUGGGAUAGUAAUUUCGAAGUGUAUCCACCCUAA